UAGGGAUUUCAGCCAUGUGAAUCUGGUUCACAUCAGAAGAUGAAAACUUGGGCUGAAGCUGCAGCAUCGUGCAGCUCCGAGCCUGGCUGUGGGGUCUCAGCUCACUCUCUUUACAGGUGGGUUCACAUAAAUCUAAUCCAUGCAUUCAUACUCUCCUCUGCUAGUGAAGGAGAUCAUUCAGCGUGCUGAGAAUGAUAAUGACAGGGAGUUGAACUAUCGUGGGUUUGGCAGCAACUGUGAGCACUUUGUGACAGAGCUCCGCUACGGAGAGGGAGUCUCUGAGCAGGCAAAGGCAGCACUUCAAAAUAUUAAUUCUGUUUCUUCUGUAGUGAUGGCUGGGAUAGGAACUGCCAGUUUUAUUGUGGCUGGUAUUCCUUUUAUGGCCAGUGCUCCUUUUGUGGCUGCUGGUAGUGGCAGUCUUCCUGCCAGUAUUGGUUUCUCUUCCAGCAAUAUUGUUCAUUCCAUCACUUUUGGCAAAUUUAAAAAGGCAGGGAGAAAUAUACUAGAACAGAGUUGCUGUUAGGAAGAGCUCAAGCAAGGCUCUUCCUGGUCACUGUUCAGCUUUUGCCACAAGUGUAAUAAACACUUAUUAGCAACUGCUGUGAUAAUUACUUCAAAAACUUAU